UUACAAAAAAUAUCAAUUUGGUCCCCGAAUUUCUGCUCCAUAGUCCUAGAGUUCAGAUCGAAGGCAAUUGUAUUGAAGAUUCAUUGAAAUUCAGUUUGGAGUAAAAUAGAUCAUAUGGAGAAGGAAAAGAAUUUGGAAGAAGAAGAAGAAGAAGAAGAAGAAGAAGAAGAAGAAGAAGAAGAAGCAAUUGAGCUGGUUCUAUUUCAAGUAUCUGAAUGUUACAUUUAUUUGGGCUGAUGAGUGGAAUGUCAAUAAAUGGGCAUGGGAAGGCACUCUAAAAGUUAUUAGCAAAGGAGAAGAAUGCAUUAUCCGAUUAGAAAACAAGAAGACAGGUGGAUUUGUUGGAGUUCAAUAAAAGUUAAUGUUCCAUAACUUUUCUCAAUAUGUUUUGUUGCUGAUCACAAAUAUGUCUAAAAUAGGUGAAUUGUAUGCUCGGGCAUUUUUGAGAGAUAGGGAGCCACACCCUGUGGAGCCUGUAAUUGAUAGCAGCAGAUAUUUCGUUGUUCGAGUAGAAGAGAAUAUUGGUGGACACCUUCGCCAUGCUUUCAUUAGGAUAGGGUUUCGAGAAAGGCCCAAAGCUUAUGACUUCCAAUCUGCCCUCCAUGACCAUAUGAAGUACUUUAAUAAGAAGAAAACUGUUGAAGAGAUGGAAUAGCAACACCAAAAUACUUCUUCAGUUGAUUACAAUUUAAAAGAUGGGGUGACCUUGGUGUUUCAAUUAAAGAACGUAAAGUGCUC